AUGGCAAAGAGACAGACGAGAACAAAAAAGGAGAAAACGAACAACAGGUUGGUGAGGAAGGACCGGAGAGGCCCGAAGGAGGAGAGGAGAAAAACUGGACGAGAUUCGAAAGACGCCUACGUUUUGACGACUGGAGACGAGCUGGAGAAAGAAGAGACGAGGAGGAGGAGACGCUGUUGCGAGGAAGAGGCGAGAGAGAAAAAAAUCUGGAGACAGAGCAGUGGCUCUAACGUCGAUUGUCUGUACACUGGAGAGCGGGGAAGUCCGAGAGGAAGUCCGAGAGGAAGCCGAGAGGAAGCCGAGAGGAAGGAGAAACUCGCGGUGAAAGAAAUGACGACUGGAAAGUCAAGAGGAGAAGGACAAUCCGAAUCCAAGAAGGCGUCAUGUGUCGAUCCAGAAGGCCUGAAGAAAAACAGGACCUUCCACCAACAUCUUCUUCUCCUGUUCUUGUCUUCUUCUUCUCUUGUUCUUGUCUUCUUCUUCUCUUGUUCUGCUAUGUUCUUCUCCUCUUUUCCUUUUCGCAUGUUCUCCUUCUUUUCCUCCUUUUUUCUCUCUCCUCCUCUGGACUUUCUCCGCUCCCUCUACUCCUCUCCUUUCUCGCUUUUCCUCUUGUUCCUGUCUCUCCUCCUGCUUGCGUCGUCCACGGUUCUGCGUUGUCUGAGCUCUCGCGAUUUCGUUCGAACCUCGGCGAGCUGCUGGAGACGGCAGAGAUGUAUGUUUUCGCGACACCGAGCAGAAAAGGGUGGAGAGCGACAGGGUCUCCCUCCUUUCUGCUUCGUCUCCGGAGUUUCUCAGGUCUCGAGUUUUCUCGCGGCGCACUCAGCUCGGUGUGCCGCGCAAAGCCGGGCGCUGUGCGACUUUCGCGGAGACUGCAUGCGGUUCUUGCGCAACGCCCUGGCUCGAAAAGGAGAGGAACGAGCGCCGCGAAAAGACCGUUCUGUGAGAGCGGGAACAAAGCAAACUUGGCGUUUUAAUGCGACAUUCACGAAGCAGCCGAGAGUCUCCCCCCAAGUGAGCAGUAGAUCCUCCGGCUCCACCCUGUAA